GCGCUGCGCGCCGCCGCGCGCCCCCACGCCUGGCGCCACACCGAGCGCCUGCUCGCCCAGGCCUUCGGCGAGCGCUGGGCCGCCCUGCUGCACUUCCCCAGCCGCGAGCCCGUGGGCUCGGGCUGCGUGGCCCAGGUGUACAGGGCCUACGCCGACCUCGCCGCCCUCCCCGGCGCCCGCGCCGACCCGCUCGCCCGGCGCUCGCCGCUCGCGGCCGCCUUCGAGGUGUGGCGGGCGGCCGGUUUCGGAGGCCUCUUCAGGUGGCUGGCGAAGAGGAGGCACCGUGAGAUGCUGGAGGAGAAGAGCGGGAAGGAGACGAGUCUGAAGGGCCGGCACCCAGCGGAGCAGAUGGACCGACUGCUGCCCAGCACAAACCCUCCUUCAGGCAGACGCCUGACGCCCGUGGCUGUCAAAGUUCUGCACCCUGGGCUAGUCCACCAGGUCCAGAUGGAUCUGUUCCUCAUGAAGAUAGGCAGUCACAUCCUUGGACUUCUCCCUGGCUUCAAGUGGCUCAGUUUGACUGAGAUUGUGGAGGAGUUUGAGAAGCUUAUGAUUCAGCAGAUUGACUUACGCUAUGAAGCCAGGAACCUGGAACGCUUCCGAGAAAAUUUCCUGGAUGUUGAUUUUGUGAAGUUCCCAACUCCUCUACACCCCUUGGUUACAGCAGAUGUUCUAGUGGAAACAUUUGAGGAGAGCGAGCCCAUCUGCCAGUACCUGCGCGCGGACGUGGCCCCGGAGCUGAGGCAGGCGCUUGCSAAGAUGGGCAUGGACAUGCUCCUGAAGAUGGUUUUUGUCGACAACUUUGUCCACGCUGACCUGCACCCUGGCAACAUCCUGGUGCAAGGCCCGGCCCCCAGCGGUGGCGAGCAGCCGGCGCUYGUGGACGCGCUGGUGCCGCCCGCRCGGCCACUGCGCCUGGUGCUGCUGGACGCGGGGAUCGUGGCGGAGCUGCAGCCCGCCGACAGGAGCAACUUCCGGGCCGUCUUCACCGCCGUGGUCCAGGGCCAGGGGGAGCGAGUGGCAGAGCUGAUCCUGCACCACGCGCGAGCCAACGAGUGCCGGGACAGGGAGCGCUUCAAGGCGGAGAUGGCCRAGCUGGUGGCCAGGGUGCGGAGCAGCUCCAUCGCCCUGGGCAAGCUUCAAGUGGCAAAUCUCCUCUCCAGUGUCUUCAAGUUACUGAUGACCCACAAGGUGAAGCUCGAGAGCAACUUUGCUUCCAUCAUCUUUGCCAUCAUGGUCCUGGAAGGGCUUGGUCGUUCACUGGACCCCGAAUUGGACAUCCUGCAGGCUGCUAAACCACUGCUCCUCAAAGCUGCAGCUUCUGGCCUUUAGCAGACUGUUGUGGUUGCUACUCGUUCACGGUGCAGGGUUAACUUUGCUCUCUGGGAGCUGAUGGAGAAAGAGGCUGGAGGUGAGAGCAGUCCCAUGCCUCUCAAUGCCACGCAGUGGAUAUUCCACACUAAGGUUGCUUUCAGUCAUAUCCAAGCAGCAAACGUGGAGUGAUCACAGAAUUGCACACAGGACGGUGGAGGGUGGAAGGGACCUUUUAAAGAAGAUAUAGUCCAACGCCCCUGCUCAGCCGACUCCAGGUUUUCCAGGACCCUAUCCAGAUGACUUUGGAAUAUCUGCAAAGGURGAGGCUCCACAGCCUCCCUGGGCAACCUGUUCCAGGUUUGACCACCCUCUCGCAAAAAUGUUUUUCCUUAUUUUCAGUUGGAACUUCCUGUAAAAGAGUUUGGCACACUCCUCUUCGUACCAUCCCUUUAGAUGCCUAAAUCCAUUGAUAAGAUCCACUUUUCAGUCAUCGUUCCUCCAGUCAGAGCAAUCCAAGCUCUUUCCUAUGAGGAAAGUCUAUUUCAGAAGGCUGGGGCAUUUUGCACAGAGGGAGAGUUUAGCCUCCYUCACACAAUUUUAGGAGAUAAUACACUCCACUUUUUUUAACUGAUGGUAUCAGAUACUUUAGGUGCACAAGAUCCUACAGCCUGACGAAGAAGGCAGAUUUGCUCAUCUACAAGUCUUUAAAAAGAUGUUCAGAUAGCAAGUCUGCUUUUGCAAAACUAUCAGGUUACAAGUUUUAAAUAAAUUUACUGACUGAUCUCUGACUACUCUCUAAGACGUGGUAUUUUCAUACCACCUAAGCAAAUGAUGAAGAUAUUCAGACUAUGAAAUGUAAGCAGGCUGAAGAAGCCAGUGUACCMUUUUUUUACAUUUAGUGUAGAAGUGGCCUAACUUCCCACAGAGUGGUCUGUUCCAAGUCAUUUUGGAUGAUAAAAGCAGACAAGGCAAUUUAAUUUCAGAUUUCCAUCCUCUAGCACAAUAUUAUAAGAGUGUGGAUUACAAACAGUUUAAAAAAAAAGCCCAAAAAGCCCAUAAUAAAAGCACUUUUGGGAAGUAUUUCUCCUGUACUGGCUUUAGUUUUUGUUGAAGCUUUAAAGGGGGGGAAAAAAAAAAAAGUCUUUUCCUCAUCUCUUUAUUCGCAUUUGUCUUGUCCCUCAUUCCACCCCCCCAAAAAAAUCUGAAGUUAAAUCCUCAUACUAACAUAGAAAUGUUAUCUUUUUUCCUCUCUCUGGUAGUUUAUAAAACAAAAAGUCUGUGCCUUUUCACUGAGGGAUGGGAAACUUAUGAAUGUUAUCAAAACAAACCAGUUAAACCUCAAAACUGAUCUGGAUUGUGCCUCUCACAGUCAUUUACUGGUAUUCUUAAACUCAUUUUUAAGACCUUAUCUUAGUGAUAAGAAGCAGCCUGUUGAAUGAUGGAAAAUAUUUUAAUACUAAAUACAUUUUUCAUUAAGUUUCAGUAGCACAAGUGCUCUGUAGCAAUCUGUUUUCAAAUGGUCAAGCAAAGAGGAAACUAUUUACAUGGAUAUAGAAUUA